UUAUUCGUCUUCUUGCGGGGUGCAUAUAAAUCGCUCCGUCUCCAGCACACUAGGUGGCGGUAACGCUCCAUAAACGGCGUUCGCGGCCUAGUCCCCAGCAGAAAGGGUGCAGAGACAGACGACGUAGCAACGAUGGCAGACGAGAAGCCCAAGGAGGGAGUGAAGACGGAGAACGAGCACAUAAACCUGAAGGUUGCAGGCCAGGAUGGCUCAGUGGUGCAGUUCAAGAUUAAAAGGCACACGUCACUCAACAAGCUGAUGAAAGCUUAUUGUGAACGACAGGGAUUAUCAAUGAGACAGAUACGGUUUCGAUUUGACGGUCAGCCCAUCAAUGAAUAUGACACACCCUCGCAGCUCGAAAUGGAGGAUGAAGAUACAAUUGACGUGUUCCAGCAGCAAACCGGUGGAUGUGCUCUUUAAUGAAUGUUUCUUCUCUACAACUCUACCUCCCCUCCAUGUCCUUCAAAGUUUGCAUUCAGUCCAGUCCACACACACACACACACACACACACACACACACACACACACACACACACACACACACACGCGCGCGCGCGACCAGCCAGUGGAACGUGUAGUUGCAGCAGCUGCACAGCUGUACAUGGGUUUUUCCUGUUAACUUGUUGGUUCUCUAGACAGUUGUAGCAAAUAAAUACUGUUCCUUUUUAGUUUUUAUACUUUGUCAUUGAGCGUGUCCGGUAGCGUUCUUGGUAUGGACUAAGUGGCCCUGCAUUUUAAACCCUCUCUUGUAUGGAAAUGUAUUAUUGGAAUAAAUUGAGUUUUUUUAAA